UUUUUGGUAGUAGAAUGAGUAACUUCAGGUUAUUGUUAGCCGAGGCAGCAUUAAAAGGGGUUUCAGAAGCUCGAGCUCGGAUAUUUGGGCAUGUGCUGAACCCAACAGGACAACCAUCUGGUAUCAAAAUUCUUAGGAAAAAGCUUAUUGGUGAGAAGGUGGCUGCAUGGUACCCGUAUGAUAUCAAGAGGGAUGAUCCUCUUGUCAUGGCCCGUGAAGAAAAAGCGCGAUUAUCAAAGCUUGAAAUGCAGAAACGACGAGGAAAAGCUGCACCUAAGAAAGGUCAAGGAAGACGUGCUCUGAAACGCAACAAGUAGAGGCGAGUCUAAUGCCAGACCAGGUGGUUCCUUGUGAGUAGUAAUCAAUCUAGGAGAAGUAAUUCCCAAGGCUCUCCUCCGAGCUGUCAAAAUAAUUAGCAGCACUCUAUGGGUCAUAUAUUUUUUGACAACAUGGACCUCUACCCUGCCAAGGACAAUGGGGGAUAAAAUCUGUACUAGUCUGGCAAAGAUUGACUUUGUGCAUAGUUUCUAAAAUUUGGUUUUUGCUCGAU